AUGGGCUUGGAAUCCAUUACAAUACUUUUGCGACCUCGAGGAAACCCCAUUCGAAAUCUGCCUGAGCAGCUCAGCGUUACCAGUGACGCACCCACCGCAGAUCUCUACAACAAAAUCGCCCAAUCAUCGCGAUUGUCGAUUCACCAGCUCAGGAUCACGAGAGGCAGUGAUGGCAGUGUGGUCGCCAACUCGACGGAUAUAUCUAUCAAUUCGACGGGGCUUCGGGAUCAGAGUACAGUGUACGUGAAGGACUUGGGCCCACAGAUUGCCUGGCGAACGGUCUUUGUCGUCGAGUACUUUGGUCCACUUUUGAUCCACCCGCUUGUCUACCUGCUUCGUCCGUACCUUUAUCGCACCGCCCCCAACCAGGGUUCAUACCUACAGGAGCUAUCAUGCAUCCUGAUUUGUGCCCACUUCUUAAAAAGAGAAUUGGAAACACUUUUCGUCCACCGCUUUUCCGCAAGUACGAUGCCGGCAAGGAAUAUCUUCAAGAACAGCUUCCACUACUGGGUGUUGGCCGGUCUUAAUAUUGCUGCUUGGAUAUACGCACCUAACUCAACAACCGCGAAAGAGCCGAAUACACUGCUGCUCUACGGAGGCCUUCUUGCCUACACAAUCGGGGAGCUGGGCAAUCUCUAUGCGCAUCUAGUACUACGUGGCCUACGUAGCUCUGGUGGAAGGGAGAGAGGUAUUCCUCAUGGCCUUGGAUUCAACAUCGUGACAUGUCCAAAUUACAUGUUCGAGGUCAUUUCAUGGAUUGGCAUGUACCUUGUCAGCGGGCUCAGUUCCAGUGUUUUACUAUUUACGAUUGUGUCCACAGCACAAAUGAUGUCAUGGGCGAAAAAGAAGGAGAGAAAUUAUAGGAAAGAGUUUGGAGAUAAGUACAAAAGGAAGAGGUUCACGAUGUUACCAGGAAUUUGGUAG